ACAAUGGAUACUUUAAGUCUGUCGGUGAACGCGGUGUCCUACACGGUGGCAGCUGAACUCUCCACUACCGAUGACCCGUUCAAUGGACCCAUCAAGAACAUCGCGCCGUGGAACUUCACCGUCCUGGCCGUGCUUAUGUUUGUGGUCACCUCGCUGUCUCUGAGCGAAAAUUUCCUUGUCAUGUUUGUCACUUUCAAGUUCAAACAACUCAGACAGCCCCUGAACUAUAUAAUAGUUAACUUGGCCAUCGCUGACUUUCUGGUCUCCCUCACCGGUGGAGUAAUAAGUUUCCUGACCAACGCCAGGGGUUAUUUCUUCCUUGGGAAGUGGGCUUGCGUCUUGGAAGGGUUUGCUGUUACUUUUUUCGGUAUCGUGGCCCUGUGGUCCCUUGCCGUUCUGUCCUUCGAACGAUUCUUUGUGAUCUGCCGGCCUCUGGGGAACAUCCGCCUGCAAGCGAAGCAUGCGAUCCUGGGUCUGCUGUUUGUGUGGACCUUCUCCUUCAUCUGGACCUUCCCUCCCGUGCUAGGCUGGAACAGAUACACUGUAAGCAGGAUCGGAACCACCUGUGAACCUGACUGGUGUUCAACCAACAUGAUAGAUCACAGCUACAUCAUCACUUUCUUCGCCACCUGUUUCAUUCUGCCUCUUGGAGUUAUAUUUUUCUGCUAUGGAAAGCUCCUGCGGAAGCUCAGGAAGGUAUCUCAUGGUCGUCUGGCCACCGCCAGGAAGCCUGAGCGCCAGGUGACCCGUAUGGUGGUGGUGAUGAUCGUGGCGUUCAUGGUGGGCUGGACGCCAUACGCGGCCUUCUCCAUCCUGGUCACAGCUCAUCCAACCAUUGAACUUGACCCCAGGCUGGCUUCCAUCCCUGCCUUCUUUUCCAAGACAGCUGCUGUCUACAACCCAAUCAUCUACGUCUUCAUGAACAAGCAGUUUCGGAAGUGCCUAAUCCAGCUCUUCACCGGCAUGGGGACCAUCCCAGACAGCAACUUGAACCAGACCUCCGAGCGACCUGGGAUUACUGCAGAGAGUCAAACAGGAGAAAUGUCGGCCAUUGCGGCGCGCAUCCCUGUGGGUGGCACUGCGUCACCCAGGUCUGACGAUUCUCCAACCGACUGUGGCUCAUUUGCUCAGCUGCCUAUCCCAGAAAACAAAGUGUGUCCGAUGUAG